GCGGCCGCCCGCACUUCCCGCCUCUGGCUCGCCAGAGGACGCGCUGGCACACCUCCCACCCCCUCACUCUGACUCCAGCUGGCGUGCACGGUCUGCCUCGCAUCCUCACGACUCAGCUCCCUCCCUCUCCCGUGUUUUUUUCCUCCGCCGCCCCCUCAUUCAUCCCCACUGGACUCCCUUUCCCUCAAAUGCUCUGGGGCUCUCCGCGCUUUCCCGAGUCCGGGCUCCGAGGACCCUUAGGUAGUACCCGUCCCUUUUAAGGCUUCCCGGCUUCCAAAGCAUUGCCACGUCCCUAAACCCUGUCUCCAGCUCUCAUACACACACGCACACUCAGACACGCGCGUUUUCUGUUCCUGAGUGACACCCGCCCUCGCCGCUCCGCCCCGCCGGUGUUCGGGCUGUGCCCUCCUCCCGCCACACGGGCACGCACGCGCGCACAGGGCCAAGCCCAAGGCAGCUCGCCCGCAGCUCGCACUCGCAGGCGACCUGCUCCAGUCUCCAAAGCCGAUGGCAUCUCCGGGCUCUGGCUUUUGGUCCUUCGGGUCGGAAAAUGGCUCCGGGGAUUCCGACAAUCCCGGCACAGCGCGAGCCUGGUGCCAAGUGGCUCAGAAGUUCACGGGCGGCAUCGGAAACAAACUGUGCGCCCUGCUCUACGGAGACGCCGAGAAGCCGGCGGAGAGCGGCGGGAGCCAACCCCCGCGGGUCGCCGCCCGGAAGGCCGCCUGCGCCUGCGACCAGAAGCCCUGCAGCUGUCCCAAAGCGGAUGUCAACUACGGGUUUCUCCAUGCAACAGACCUGCUGCCGGCGUGUGAUGGAGAAAGGCCCACUUUGGCGUUUCUGCAAGAUGUUAUGAACAUUUUACUUCAGUAUGUGGUGAAAAGUUUCGAUAGAUCAACCAAAGUGAUUGAUUUCCAUUAUCCUAAUGAGCUUCUCCAAGAAUAUAAUUGGGAAUUGGCAGACCAACCACAAAAUUUGGAGGAUAUUUUGAUGCAUUGCCAAACAACUCUAAAAUAUGCAAUUAAAACAGGGCAUCCUAGAUACUUCAAUCAACUUUCCACUGGAUUGGAUAUGGUUGGAUUAGCAGCAGACUGGCUGACAUCGACAGCAAAUACUAACAUGUUCACCUAUGAAAUUGCUCCAGUAUUUGUGCUUUUGGAAUAUGUCACACUAAAGAAAAUGAGAGAAAUCAUUGGCUGGCCAGGGGGCUCCGGCGAUGGGAUAUUUUCUCCCGGUGGCGCCAUAUCUAACAUGUAUGCCAUGAUGAUCGCGCGCUUUAAGAUGUUCCCGGAAGUCAAGGAGAAAGGAAUGGCUGCUGUUCCCAGGCUCAUUGCCUUCACGUCUGAGCAUAGUCAUUUUUCUCUCAAGAAGGGAGCUGCAGCCUUAGGGAUUGGAACAGACAGCGUGAUUCUGAUUAAAUGUGAUGAGAGAGGGAAAAUGAUCCCAUCUGAUCUUGAAAGAAGGAUUCUCGAAGCCAAACAGAAAGGAUUUGUUCCUUUCCUCGUGAGUGCCACAGCUGGAACCACCGUGUAUGGAGCAUUUGAUCCGCUCUUAGCUGUCGCUGACAUUUGCAAAAAGUAUAAGAUCUGGAUGCACGUGGAUGCAGCUUGGGGUGGAGGAUUACUGAUGUCCCGAAAACACAAGUGGAAACUGAGUGGCGUGGAGAGGGCCAACUCUGUGACGUGGAAUCCACACAAGAUGAUGGGAGUCCCUUUGCAGUGUUCUGCUCUCCUGGUUAGAGAAGAGGGAUUGAUGCAGAAUUGCAACCAAAUGCAUGCCUCCUACCUCUUUCAGCAAGAUAAACAUUAUGACCUGUCCUAUGACACUGGAGAUAAGGCCUUACAGUGUGGACGCCACGUUGAUGUUUUCAAACUAUGGCUGAUGUGGAGGGCAAAGGGGACUACCGGGUUUGAAGCACAUGUUGAUAAAUGUUUGGAGUUGGCAGAGUAUUUAUACAACAUCAUAAAAAACCGAGAAGGAUAUGAGAUGGUGUUUGAUGGGAAGCCUCAGCACACAAAUGUCUGCUUCUGGUACAUUCCUCCGAGCUUGCGUACUCUGGAAGACAAUGAAGAGAGAAUGAGUCGCCUUUCAAAGGUGGCUCCAGUGAUUAAGGCCAGAAUGAUGGAGUAUGGAACAACAAUGGUCAGCUACCAACCCUUGGGAGACAAGGUCAAUUUCUUCCGCAUGGUCAUCUCAAACCCUGCAGCAACUCACCAAGACAUCGACUUCCUGAUUGAAGAAAUAGAACGUCUUGGACAAGAUUUAUAAUAACCUUGCUCACCAAGCUGUUCCACUUCUCUAGAGAACAUGCCCUCAGCUAAGCCCCCUACUGAGAAACUUCCUUUGAGAAUUGUGCAACUUCACAAAAUGCAAGGUGAACACCACUAUGUCUCUGAGAACAGACGUUACCAAUUAUGGAGUGUCACCAGCUGCCAAAAUCAUCGUAGGUGUUGGCUCUGCUGGGCACUGGAGUAGUUGCUAAUCUUCAGAAUAUGGACAAAGAAGGCACAGGUGUAAAUAUAGUAGCAGGACGAGGAACCUCAAACUGGGUAUCAUUUUGCACGUGCUCUUCUGUUCUCAAAUGCUAAAUGCAAACACUGUGUAUUUAUUAGUUAGGUGUGCCAAGCUACCGUUCCCAAAUUGGUGUUUCUGAAUGACAUCGACAUUCCCCCAACAUUACUCCAUUACUAAAGACAGAAAAAAAUAAAAACAUAAAAUAUACAAACAUGUGGCAACCUGUUCUUCCUACCAAAUAUAACCUUGUGUAUGAUCCAAGUAUUUUAUCUGUGUUGUCUCUCUAAACCCAAAUAAAUGUGUAAACGUGGACACA